CACUCUGCAGCCACCAUAUUUGGAACUAAUAACAACAACUUCAUCAAAAAGUUCGUGUUCCAAAGUUUACCAAGCCCAAACCAAAAGUUCGGAAAAAAUCGUCAGUAUUAUUUUCAUUAAUUUCGAAGUAUUGUGAUGAUCAAGUAGGCUGUUUUGUUAGUUGUCCAUCUGUGCCAAAAUGAAUAUUUCUGGGAAACCUCUCAAGAAAUUAAUCAGAUCAAAAUCAGGACUAAAAAUUGUCACUGCUAAUGAUGAAGAUAAGAGUCCAUUUGUGCAGCAGGAGCCAGAAUGGAUUCCUGAUUGCGAGGUGAUGUUUUGCACUAAAUGUCACAUGAAGUUUGGAUUUACCAGACGGAGGCAUCAUUGUCGACGUUGUGGCUUAAUAUUCUGUAGCUCCUGCUGCAACGCAAAACUUCAGCUCCCCCGAAUGUGUUUUUUUGACCCUGUUAGGAUAUGUGACCUCUGUACCUCUGUUACUAAUGAAGAGAAUGAAUUCUUCAAGUAUCAGCUCAGAACUUUAUUGAUAGGAUCAAAAUUUGAAUACUCAACUGUUGACUGUAGUAAAUCACCCAAGUUCUCUUCCAUUUGUAUUUGCAAACUGUCCCCUGAUCACAGGUAUUUGAUCUUUGAUGAGCCCGAAAUCAAUCCAGUUAGUUUGAAUUCUAUUCUAUCGUUAAAGCUUCUAAAAGGAUCUGAUGAAGAUAUAUGUGGAAUCGAUGUGGAGCAUAUUUCUGAACAUAGAGAAGUGUUUCGUCUAAGAAAUUUAGGAGACCCAAAUGAAUUAGUUUCAAGCACAGACUGGAUAUCUUCUCUGCUUUCGGCGUUUGUUCUAUUCCUGAAAGGCAAAAGUGAAGAAGAUGCUUAUAUUGUCGGAUGAAAUGUGAGUAGUUGAUUUCAAAGCUAUUUUCUUGAUUAUUAUUAUUAUUAUUAUUUUUUGACGCAGUUAUGAGCUCAACCCAGUCACCAAUUUUAAUACAUUGUUUUCCCUCCACUAGUUCUGAAGCUCUCACAAAACAUGUAGAAAUUUAAUGUUUCUUUGAUCCAAAGUUUGAAAAGAUAUUGCUCAAUCCAUGACUUUUAAUUACUUCACCGCUGAAAAUGAAGAAGUGCGUUUUUUCAUGUUUUUUCUUUUAGACAUGAAAUACAGGGAUCUGUAUCUUUUGUAUGGAAACAAUCCUCUUUAUCGUUCUGUCGCUUUUCAGAAAUUGUUGUGUUCAAUUUUGAUGAAAAAAAAAAAAAAAAUACCUAAUAAUAAUAAAUAAAUAAGUAAAAACCAGCGCAGCACCCUUUUGCAGUUCCUGUUUAAAAAAUUGUGCUAUCAUUUUUCUCUGUACCACAUGGGGAAAGAUAAAAUACUCCAAUUAAGUAAUAUGAUGUUGAAAAUUUUCUAUCACCUAAUAAGUACAAAAGCAUAGAAGUUUUCAUCGUGAGAAAAUCAUCUUGAACAGCCUUAUGGGAUUUAAAUUAUAGACAAUUCAGUAAGUAUUUGAUUGAACUACAGUGAAAUACCGUCUCAAGUCUAGAAAAAAAUUUCAGUGAUCUGUAUUAGUACCUAUCGUACCAUUACCAAAAUCAAAAAAUGCAUGCCCUGGUGUUGGGAAGAUGUAGGUUAGUUUAACUUGUAUUCAUUAUUGUAACCUCAUAAAACAAAGUUGACGGUUGUAAAAAUUCUCUGUAUUUCAACUAGUUUCCAAAGCACUAUAACAGAAGUAAUUAUUCCAAAAUUAGAUUCCUAUAUCUGAGUGAGGAAUGAUUUGAUUUGGUUGUGAUAUUAUUUUCUGAGUGAGAAUUAACAGUUCUAACCUCUUUUAUCGGGUGUGAAAAAAGAAAGCAAACAAAAGCUUUAGGUGAAUCUUCAGCUGUAGUUCCAGGAAAAUCUAACAUGUCUUACUGCUAGAAUCCAGCUCCAAAAUCCAUAAUUAUUAAAAAUUACAACAGAUAUAUUGAACUCUAAGACCCAUAAGUUCUUGCAGCUUAUGUCUGUGUGCUUAUGUUUGGAACACAAACUUUGUAAGUUACAUAAUAAAAGCUAAAACUUGAUCCCAGUUUCUUUUAUGGGAUGCCUGUAAGUGCGAGAGAGAUGAUUCUGAGAGAGAAAUGAUUCUUCUUGGAGUCAGAUUUCAGCAGUGCGACUCGGUGAAUUUUUUUGAGACAACCCCUGAAGAUUCAUCCGAAGCAAGCUGAGCAACAAGGAACCAAGUGCAUUGGAAUAUUGCUGAGACACUGAAACUACUUUCUAGUAGGAAGAAAGUAAAAUCUAUAAAAUAGUUUUUGUUUAAUUAACAUUUUCUGUGCAUGAAAACUGUUUGUACCAUUACACUAACCUCCAAAAUGGAAAAUAUAGGACAAUGCUUACAACACUGAGAUGCACUCAGUCCCUCUCUUUCCAAAUUUUUACAUCUCUGAGACCAAUCAGUAGGAUUACUUCUUAAGUUGCAAACAGAUCUUCUAUUUGCCGAGUUCAAGAUAUCUUUGCUUAUUCAUUUAUUUAUGUUAUUUUAGAAAGUAAUACAAAAGGUUGUUUCAUCUCAGUAGCUGUGUCUAGUCUUUAAAAAUCUCAGAAAAAAUAUUCUUCAAUGAAAGGAUGAAACUCUUAAACUUUUAACCCAUUAGAGAAAUUUAUUCUAAACAAAAAUGAAAAUGACUCUGGGUCUAUUUAUCAGUGUAUCAUGACUAUAAUGGAGUUUCUCUCUUUGAUUUUUUGACAUAUUUUGUGUUGAAAAAAGUUUCUCCAAAGCAAGAGAGGGAUGCCUCUCAAGUUUUCAAACCUCCUCUCUUAAGUUUUGAAACUUGUAGCUCUUUAAUCAUUACUAUAAUUCAUUAGUCCCCUAAACCUUAACACCGCAGCCAUACUUUUGUAAACGUAGCAAUCUAAAUAUAUAUACAUUUAAAGCAAAGGUAGUUUAUAUUGUUCUGAAACAUUCUUAAGUUCCACAUGGAGACCAUCCCAAAAUAGUGUGAGUAGGUGAAACUAAAAUUUUUUCAUGUAUAGAUAUUUCCCAGGUGCCUUAAUUUUUCCUCCUAUUGAGGUGAAUUUUUCUUGUCUAAAAACUUAGGUAUGAUCUGCCCCAAGAAAUUAGUGAGCUGUGAUUAUGAAAAUCACAAAUCUGUAGUUUAAGUAUGUAAGUUGACUCUUAAAUUAUUUUGAUCUGAACUGCUUACAAUUGGUUGAUUUUAUUAAUGCCUCUUCAUUUAUUGAUUAUGCAGAUGGAAUGUUAGGUUUUGUUUUACAUAUACAUGUAUUAGUUUUGCUCGCCAUUGAAAAAUUCUUCGAUUCAAAGAUUAGAUGUACGAUACUCAUGCCAAAUGAUCUUAUACUUAAUUUUACAAAACAAAAGUUUGUAAAUAAUCAGAAUGAAAGGGCCAUCUUGCGUUAAAUUGUCACCGAGGGGUAUAAAAUUGAAUUUACUGCAAAAUUUUAAUUUUCUUUCGCCAGGGAUUCUAUUAUUUCUUAAAUAUCGAUUUUACUAAACAAGUAUUAUGAUAUUAGCAUUUUGUAUAAUUUUUAAAUGGUUAUAUUGUAAAGGGAUUACCAUUAAGGGUUUUUUAGUUCUGUUUUACAAUCAGAUCUAAUCUUUUCUCUUUUAAAAACUAAAUUUUUUUCACUUCCUGAGCUCAAUGGUAAUUUGGUGUUAAAUUUUUGCCUAGUUUACAUUUGAAAACACUGAUCGACCUCUCUUUUUAGUGAUUCCUGUAUGAAGUCAUUGUGAUUUGUUCCAUUUUGUCUUUGAGCCCAAGGGAGCAAACUCUAAUUUUGAUUUUAGGCAAGAGAUUCUAGUCCUCCCUUAAUUCUUCACCUUCUGACUGAAUUUUACAAGCGCCAUUUACGCUCAGCAGCUAUGUUGCCAGACGUAUCAAUAUUGUUCCAAUAUUUCUUUAAAACUUAUGGUAAACCAGAAGCGCCCAAAAUUGAGUUGAAGAAGUAAAUUGAAGGUCAGAGUAGUGAAAAAAAUGUUUUUCUCUGUUUUUUUUUUUAUCUAAAGAGAAAAGAGUUACAAUUUUUUAGGUGGUCUAGAGAUAUUUGACGUAACCGAAAAGGAGGUGAAGGGGGUCAAAAAUCUCUUGACAUAAUUCAUUUACAUCCCUAAAUUAUUCACAUUCAACUGGUUCCAAGUUUAUUUUUCAAAUGCAUGUGGUGGAUGCCAUGUAUUUGGUCUCCCAGGUGUCGGUUACUUCCAUUAUUGUACUCAUUUAUUUUCUAAUAUACACGUGUUUGUUUUUAUAUUUUACAUCUCAGAAUUUUGUUUUUUAUUGUAAAAUUAAAUAAAGUGUUAAAAUUGAAGGAUUAGAAUGUCAAUAUUUAAUGUUGAUUAAGAGUUCCAUCACAAGUAGCAAAGAAACAAUGAAAUUAAGGGCUUCUUUUAAUAUUUUUCCUACAAAAUGUUUUUCUCGUGCCAUUUUUUAUGUGACCUCGUUGUGUUCAUAAACUGGAAGUCGAUGAAAAUCCUUUAACCUAUCUGCUCUCUUCUAGGUCUAAAAAAGAAUCAAGUAGAUUCUAUCGCUAGCACUAGUUUUAACUAUCACUAUUAUAAUCAUUGUUAUUGCCAUCAUUUAUAUCUUCUUUAUGUGAACAUUUUUUAGUUGGGUAUUAUUGUGAGAUGAACUUUUAAAGUUUUUAUUUCCUGCCUAUGAAUAGGUAGUACCAAAACCACUCAUUCAAAAUUCCUCUGUAAUACUUGCCAGAUUUUGGCGAUACAUAUACUAUCAUCAUUAUGAUGAUCCCCCCCCCCCCCCCCACACACACACACACACACUCAAGUUGCUAUUAGUUUCUGUUUCCGGUUUAUUUUUCAUGUAUUGGUUUUUUUUUUCCAAAGAUAUUUUCGCUGUAUGUCAUGAGAGAACUGAAUUCUGAAUUUCAAUGAAUUUUCCGAAUUUAUAGCUUGUGGACUUGUACCGUGACUAUUGGAUAGUGAUUUAUAAGCAAAAAUUCAACACCAACUAAUUAUUUUGAUUUAGGUAUGCACAGAGCAUAUUGCAGUGUGCUUCUAUGAAAAAAAAAAAAAAAAAAGUUUUGUAGGUUUGAUGCAUGCUAGUAGAAAUUAAUUUUUAAAAAAUCGUCCAUAAUUUUGCUGCUGUCAAUGAACUAGAUCUCAAGGUAACAGAAACGUACCCUUUUGUCUGCAAAGCUAGGUAUAGCCUAAGUAUUGGUUGUUACGUUGAGCAUUUUGGAAGCAUGCAUAUUUUUCAAUUUUUAAUUACAUCGACGUGGAGUACUGGUGUUCCUUUUUCUCAAUGUAACUACUCUACUCAAUGAUAAUAUCCAAUCUACUGAAGUGCAUCAAUGUCACUCCUCAACCCUCUUCGUUUAAAUAUAAAUAAUUUUACUCCAACAAUUACCUUUUCAUGCUGAGCCGGUAGGUUGCUCUGUCUGUAAGCCUACCAGUGCCUUAUUAGGUUAGCAAAUAAGUAUUCAUAAGAAUUUCUAUUCAAUUUGUACGCAGUUAAAUGCAUGUUAUUCUCAUCACUUGUAUGUCAAUUCUCCAAACUCAGAGACUAGUAUCAAAAAAAGAGGCCUGUCAAUUGUAGCUUUUUCAAAGCUGUCUUUGUACCAACAGAUUUUAUUAAAGUCGUUCAGUUGAUUCUAAA